AUGGAGGAGUUUCACCCCCACAACGAUGAGAUGAUCUUCAAUGCUGAUGAGGCCCACAACAUAGUUAAGGAGUGCAUAGAAAGUGUUUUAGGCAAGGCAGAUUAUAAUCACAACAAAGUCAACCAGUGGACUGCUGCUAUAGUAGAACAGUCACUGACCCAUCUGGUGAAACUUGGGAAAACCUAUAAGUACAUUGUUACCUGUGCGGUGAUGCAAAGGAGUGGAGCUGGUCUCCACACAGCAAGCUCAUGCUUCUGGGAUACCACAACUGAUGGAACCUGCACAGUGAGAUGGGAAAAUCGAACCAUGAACUGCAUUGUCAAUGUGUUUGCUGUUGCUAUUAUCCUGUAG